AUGUGCCCUCAUGGCUGAAAAGCCUCCGCUUGCACAAGUACGCGGCCCUCUUCUCACAGAUGAGCUACGAGGAGAUGAUGACGCUGACUGAGCAGCAUCUGGAGUCUCAGAAUGUCACCAAAGGUGCCCGCCACAAGAUAGCCCUGAGCAUCCAGAAGCUGCGUGAGAGGCAGAGCGUCCUCAAGUCCCUGGAGAAGGAUGUGCUGGAAGGUGGGAAUCUGCGCAACGCUCUGCAGGAGCUGCAGCAGAUAAUCAUCACCCCCAUCAAGGCCUACAGCGUCCUCCAGGCCACCGUGGCUGCUGCCGCCGCCACCACCCCUACUGCCAAGGAUGGGAGCCGGGGGGAGCCACCACUGCCAGGUGCUGAGCCUCCCCUGGCUCACCCCGGCACAGACAAGGGCACUGAGGCCAAGGACCCUCCAGCUGCAGAGAGCUACCCCCCUCCACCAGCUCCAGCUCCCACUGAUGGCAGUGAACCAGCCCCGGCUCCCGUCGCCGACGGAGACAUCCCCAGCCAGUUUACACGGGUGAUGGGCAAAGUGUGCACCCAGCUGCUGGUGUCCCGACCAGACGAGGAGAACAUCACCAGUUACCUCCAGCUCAUUGAAAAGUGCCUGACUCAUGAGGCGUUCACGGAGACGCAGAAGAAACGGCUGCUGUCCUGGAAGCAGCAAGUGCUGAAACUCCUCCGGACCUUCCCGCGCAAAGCCGCACUAGAGAUGCAGAACUACCGACAGCAGAAAGGCUGGGCGUUCGGCUCCAACUCACUUCCCAUAGCUGGCUCUGUGGGGAUGGGGGUGGCCCGGCGGACCCAGCGGCAGUUCCCCAUGCCUCCCCGGGCCCUCCCACCCGGCAGGAUGGGCCUUCUGAGCCCUUCAGGCAUUGGGGGCAUCUCCCCCCGACAUGCCCUCACUAGCCCCAGCCUUGGGGGCCAGGGCCGACAGAACCUGUGGUUUGCCAACCCCGGAGGCAGCAACAGCAUGCCCAGCCAGAGCCGCAGCUCUGUGCAGCGCACCCACUCCCUCCCGGUCCAUUCUUCGCCCCAGGCCAUUCUCAUGUUCCCUCCAGACUGCCCGGUCCCUGGGCCUGACCUGGAGAUCAAUCCCACUCUGGAGUCUCUGUGUCUGAGCAUGACAGAACACGCCUUGGGUGAUGGGACAGACAAAACCUCCACCAUCUGACGGGACCCACAGCCCAGCGCACCCAUAGGCUCCCUGGGCGGCGGGCGGGGGCCAACCCCCAACGGGCUUCUCCGCGACAGCAAGAGGGUGGGCUGGCUCAGCUAUACAUUCUAGUAUUUUUCUACUCUCUCACCCUUUUAACUUUUGUUUAACAUUGGCACACGCCUUGCUCACUCCCAUGCCCGUCGAGGGAUCUCUGCUGAGGCUCAGGGAGGUAGGGGGCAGCCAGGAUAAAGAGGGCAGGGACUGGCCAGCCUGACUGCCCCUCCUUCCCUCCCUCAUCCCCCACCUGGCCCCGUCCCACCCCUGCCUCCUCCAGACUGCCGGCCACCUGCCCCUCCUAAGGGAGCAGCUUACCCCUAUCUUGUGGGACCUGCUCAGAACCAUCUGACAUUUGGGGAGAGAGAAGCAGGGUUGAUAACCUGCUCUCCUGGAUGUUAUUUGAGAGGAGCUAAAGAGAAGGUGGUAGAUGAGGAGAGGAGCCUGCCUCUCUCUCUUUCCUUGCCACCUUCUUCUCCUUCCCCAUUCCCACCAUUCCCCGAGGACAGGAGCCACCCUCCUUUCACUCACCUCCUUUUGCCCUGUUUAUCAGAGGUUCUCUACAAUUAAUUUCUUAGGCCUAUUUAAGAUGCAUAUUUAUAUAGUUCCUAACGGUUUUUCUCUCUGAUCAUUCCCUCUCAUUUUUAGAAUCCCCAGGCCUCUCUCUGAGCCAAGAAAGUGGCAGGGGGAGCCUGAAUUUUACGAGGGGAGAGGGCAGAGCCCCCUCCUCCCAGACCCCCUCGCCCUUCCCCACUUCCCCCCAGUCCUGGCUCCCCAGAGGCAGAGGUUGAAGGCAGGGAGCCAGGGCAGCCAGUGAGGUCAGGAAGUCUGUUGCCUUAACAUCCCCUUCCCACAACCAACAUACACCCUUGUCCACUCCCAGGUCUGGUUGCUGAAAGACUUGGGGUAAGGAAUAAGGGAAAGGGGAUUGUUUGGUUUUUGGUUUCUUUCCCCACCCCUCUUUUCUUUCAUCCUUCCCCACCCCCCAUUCUGUCAUGACCUCACUUAAGUGGAACACUAUAUCAUAACCCAGAGAUUUGUCCCAGCCGUGGAGUCAUACAGACCCUCUGGUCUCUGUUCCUGCUGAGGGGUUGUGCUGGGGCCCAGGUGGAGGGAGGGGACUUGGGGGUUCAGGCUGUGGGGAAGCCAGGGUCCCCUAUCCCAACCCCCUCUUCCCACUCAACCCACCCACCCCCCACUGGGACAUUCUCAAGCUUUUCACACCGAAAAGGAAAAAAAAAAUGUUAUUUUUAGAUACAUUUUAUGAAUAACUUUUGUUAUGAAUAUGGCUGGUAACCAUUGUGUAUGUUAUUAAAGAUACAAAAUGUUGGGAAAAAACAAAAAACCAAAAAAAAAAAAUUUUAAAACCACCGCCCUCCCUGCACUCUCAGCCCAUUCCCCAGACCUUCUUGCCUCUGCCCUCCUGGUCUGGACCUCCCUCAGCUCUGAGCCCAGGGAGGGGGAGGAAGCCAGAGGGUGGGGUGGCCCUGGGGAUCUGCUAAGGUCCCCACCUCCUCUCCCAGUGCCGGGCUGGGUGGGGUGUCAGGUUUAUUUAUGUACCUCUUGCACACUCAUCAACCUAUGCAAGUCCCCCACCCCGGCCCCUCCAUGUUUCUGUGCCUUUGCUCAUUCCCCUCAAGCUCCCAGGGCUUCUCCAGUCCCCCUCCCAGUAGCCCCGGGAAGUGGGAUGGACAGGGGCCACCUCGUUUGGAAUCAGCAGGGUGUCCCUCUUACAGGACCCUCACCACCUCCCAGCCAGUCCUGUCUUCUUCACUACCCUUCAGGGUGAGCUGGCUCUGCCUGGCAUUGGGAGGUGGUGAGGGACACCCCCCCCACACACACACACAAUGGGAGGCAAGAGCUGCCCCCCUCCCCCCACCUGACAGCAGAGUGUGCAGGACGCAGGCGGCCCCACUCUGAUGGGCAGGACCCUGACCCUCUUCUGCCCCAGCCCCUCCCCAGCCCCCUCUCCCCCACCAUGAUUUCACCCUCCCUCCUAUCCCCAGCCCCACUGGCAGAAUCAGCUUUGAGUAACUGUACAGUUUUUCUCGCUGUUGGAGAAGACUUACUUGUUGGAGUUUCACUUGUUUAAUGGUCUGGGCUUAUUUUGGAAAAAAAAAAAAAAAAAACAAGAAACAAAAACAAAAAAGGA